AUGGCACGGACAUUGCAGCUAAUGAGGUGGGAUAUACAGCUAUGUCUGGCUAUGUUUGUGGUAUUUGUCAAGGCGGAUCGCAGCAUAAAGUUCAUCGCCGGAGAAAGCAGGUUUAACCGCGAAUACUUUGAGAACUUCACCUUCACGAUCCGAGACGAUCAGAUCUUCCUGGACAUGUACCUGCGAAAGCCGCUGGUUAAGGGCUGGAGGGCCAGGCUAGACUUCCGACUGCGCGUGGGAAACUCUAAGAGCUUCCAGAGCCUGUUCUCUACCAAUAUAGACGUCUGCAACAUUGUGAACGCUGCCAAGAUGAACCUGUUCAAGAAGUGGUACAAGAACCUGCUCAAGUACGGAAACUUCCUGCGCCAGUGUCCGCUCAACGCCAGUCAUUACUAUCUGAGGGGCUGGCAGUUCGGAGAGGGCUUGGUGCCGCCAUUCAUAACAAGUGGAUCGUAUCGAUUGGAAACCUACAACUUUUUCGGAAAGUACAAGGGCAAAGAUGAGGACUUCAUUAUGAGCUGCACGGCCGACGCCAUUAUACAUAUCUGA